AUGCCCUCCAACACCAAAAAUCUAGCCUUGCUCUUCACCAAAGUCCCCGACCGUCUCCCCAUUCCCGGUGAACACAUUGCCGUCAGAGACGUCGGCCCCUUCGACCUUGACCAAGAGCUGCCUCCCCGUGGCUUGAUUCUAGAAACCCUCUAUGUGAGCUUCGACCCGUACCUCCGUGGCCUGCUGCGGGAUCCCUCGGUUAAAUCAUACCUGCCUGCCGUUCCGCUGGGGUCGCCCAUUACCGCGGGAACUCUGUCGCGCGUUCUCCGCUCCAGUCUCGACGGUUAUGCCGAGGGAGACAUCGUGAGGCUCUUGCUGCCCAUCCGGCAGUACAACCUGUACGUGGCGCCCAAGGAGGGCGGACAACUGCUGUUCAAGGUUCCCAAUCCAAACGACCCCGGUCUGGAUGUCAGGCACUACCUGGGUGCCCUCGGCAUGCCCGGUCUGACGGCUUACUCGUCGCUGUACGAGAUUGGCAAGCCCAAAGCUGGGGAGAUUAUUGUAGUUUCUUCAGCCGCUGGGGCCGUCGGUCAGGUGGUCGGCCUAUUGGCCAAACAUGAGGGCCUGACCGUGUUUGGAUCCGUCGGCGACGACGCCAAGUUGGACUUCAUCAUCAACGACCUGGGAUUUGACGGCGGCUGGAACUACAAGAAAGAGCCCAACACCAAGGAAGUCAUCGGGCGGCUGGUCCGAGAACACAAGGAGAAGAGAGGAGAAGCGAUUCCUGACGACUCUGGUAAUGGGGAAGGAGGCAUCGAUAUCUUCUACGACAAUGUCGGUGGUGAGCAAUUGGAUGGUGCAUUCGAGACUUUGAAUUUGUUCGGACGGAUCGUGGCAUGCGGGCAGAUCUCACAAUACAACCUGCCCCCGGCCGAGCGCUACCCCAUCCGCAACACUUUCCUGUGCGUGGUCAAACGGCUGACCAUGACGGGCUUCAUGGUCAAUGACGCCAACAUGGGGCCCAAGCACGCCAAAGCUCACAUCGAAAACGUCUCCAAGUGGUUGAGGGACGGUAGCUUCAAGGCUAAGAUCCAUGAGGACGUGGGCAUGGAGAAUGCCGCCGAGGCCUUCAGCGGUAUGUUGAAGGGCCACAAUUUCGGAAAGGCCAUCUUGAAGGUCAAGGUCUAG